AUGCGCACUUUAACGGGCCAGCACCAGACGGGAUUUACGGCUGGUCGGCAUAUUGCAGACAAUGGCAUGGUCCUUAACAAUCUCCGCAACUACUGCAGGAACAGGAAGCUGAAGCAUGUCGGAGUUCUACUGGACCAGGAAAAGGCCUAUGAUAGGGUUCACCCAAAGUACCUGGAUAUGGUGAUGGAGAGAUUUGGCUUCCCCCAACAAGUCAUCAGGACAUCAUGGAAAGUCAUCACCACCCCUCGACACAACGGCGGUCUUGGGGCUAUUGAUCCGGCCAAGCAGCAGCAGACGUUCCUCAUCAAGCAUCUUCGCAACGCCACAACUACGUCAGUAUCCUGGGGGAAGGAUAUUGUACUGGAUCUCAUUCUAUGGAAGACGAAGUCCACCCACCGCCUAUCCUUUAUGCUGAACCCCCAAGAGAACCAACUCCACCAACAACUUAAACAUUUCCUCCACCUUCCGCAACUAGUCAAAGCGGCCAGCACACUCCCCCCGCUUAAGACACCCACCAUGCAAGCAGGACUUCCAGAUUCGACCACUUUUCUGGAGAGCCCGCUGGAAUGGUGGUUCCCUUCGACGGAUGACAACAACACCACCCUCACUGCACGGAUUGGAGACCUGUUCGCGCUGGCGAUAGCCGAGAACAACAAGUACAAGGUGGCAUAUAAGCACCGACUCUCCAGUAAAUCGAAGCGUACACCACAUGUUGGGGUCGUCGGAGACCGCCUGGCUCAGAGGAUACGCUCACUCACCCUCCUCGACAACGGCAAGACAAAGGUGACUUUAGGGACUGCCUCCACCAGACAGAUCCGACAGUACCUCUGCCUCUCCCCGACUCCUGAACCCGAACUGCUCCCGACCCACUCGCCGAUGCACCCUGAAUCUGGCACCAAGUCCCAGCGGCGCAAGUUCUGGAAGACCAAGAUUCCCCACAGAGCCCGCACUUUCUGGUGGCGAUACAAGCGUGACAUUAUCCCAUGUGGCACGCGUAGGGCCCACCGGUGGAAACAGGACGCCCAAUGUGACGCUCAGGGAUGCAGGGAAAGAAAGACGGGCAAGAACCACUAUGUCUUCGGAUGCAAGGGCAAAUGCCUAGCAUGGCAGUUCAUUUUGAGAGGAUACACGGACAAGCCCACAUGGUCCGACGAGGAUCUCCAUACAUUGCUCUCCUUUAAACCCCCCACCUUCUCCAUUAAGCCCAAAUACAACAUCACCCCCCCACAACUGCUGGCGUGCUGCCUCAUAGGUAUAAACACAGCAAAUAUCAUCCUCUUCCUUCACAAACUCACACAGUCUUCGGAAGAAAUCUCUGACUGUAUCUCCAUAGAAAUUAAGAAAGCGAUAGCGCAAAACGAUUACCUCUUCAAACUCACGGUCACGAGCCACAAAUAA